UGGCUACGGUCGUAGUACGGGCUCUGUGAUUGGUUCGAAUGGAAGGGAGUAGGAAGUGUCGAUCAGUAGUGUGGGCUUUACAUGGGUAGCUAAGUAGUAUCUGGUUAAUAUAAAUCAGCCGUUGAAGCUUUUGUGUCUAAUCGUUCAUCUCCAAUGUAUUGAAGUGAUAAGAGGCAUGCGGGAACAAAGUUUGAGAUCGAUGAGUUUUGCAGAUAUGCCGUUCGGUUGUUUUAUGUCUGUGGCUGUGUAACAAUAGCUUGUUAGCUGGACGUCGUUUCAUUUACUACUCUGCUAGCUUUGAAAUGUUUUAGCUUGUUUGACAGCCAACGUUGCAGUUACCCAAGUUGGUAUCCAGAGAAAUUUUGCUUCUGCGUUUGUGUGUCUGUGUAUUUAUGCUGCGUAGUGGGAGUCAACCGUAACUGAAUGUUUAGGGACAGAAAUAGCAGCAGCUACAGCUAGCAGAUUGUUAGCUUGUCAACAACGACAGCAAUGGGCUAUAAGAGGUGUUCAAACACUGUAAGAACGUUUUAUUUUUGGAUCAUUCUUCUGAUAGUCUUCGCCACAGGAAUAACAGCUGAUGAAGAGCAACACGUGAAUGACGGACAAACGCUAAAGUCUUACCAUGACCCAGACUCUGAAGAGGAAGACAUCCGUCCAGCCUCUGGCACUGUCGCAGAUCCCUCUGUGACCUCUGACCACGAUGUCUCCUGGCCAGAAGAGAAAAAACAGUCAAAUGAAGGUGGACUGGAAGGAGAGGAGAAGGAGGACCUGCCGGAUCAGCAGCCUGUAGUUGAGGAGAAAGCUAAAGAGGUUCCUGUGGUGAAUGGAGGUACAGCACAUGGAGAACCCUGCAUCUUUCCGUUCCGCUUCCAAGAGAAGGAGUACUCGGACUGUACCACUGAUGGACGAGGGGAUGGGCGGCUGUGGUGUGCCACAACCUAUGACUAUGACCAAGAAAAAAAGUGGGGUUUCUGUGAAACUGAGGAACAGGCACAGCAGAGACUGCAGGCUGAAGAGGCUGAGGAGCAGUACCAGACUGUCCUGCGAAUGCUCAAUGCCACCACCAGGAAAUCCCAGAAGAAGGAGUUAUACGAAAAGCUGCUGAAGGUAGCAGAGAAGGGCCACCAGAAAGCCAUGGAGAAGGUGGCAUAUGCAAUGUUGUUUGGAGACUAUAUGAACCAGAAUGUCACCAAGGCCAAAGAAAUGUUUGAGAAGCUUGUUAUUCAGGGCUCUCCCAGAGCUCAGAUGGCUCUUGGCUUUCUGUAUGCUGCAGGACUUGGAGUGAACUCAAGUCAAGCUAAGGCCUUGGUUUACUACACCUUUGGAGCACUUGGUGGAAACUUGGUAGCUCACAUGAUUCUGGGAUACAGAUACUGGGGAGGUGUGGGUGUUCCCCAGAGCUGUGAGUCGGCGCUAACACACUAUAGGCUUGUGGCGAAUCAGGUCUCCUCUUCACCAUCUCCAGUGGCCAGCGAUGUGUCCCUGACAGGGGGCUCAGCGGUGCAGAGGAUCAGGCUUCUGGAUGAGGUGGAGAACCCAGGCUCCACUAGCGGGAUGUUGGAGGAGGACCUGAUCCAGUAUUACCAGUUCCUAGCUGAGAAAGGAGAUGUACAAGCUCAGGUGGGACUAGGUCAGCUACACCUGCAUGGAGGACGUGGGGUAGAACAGAAUCAUCAGAGGGCAUAUGACUACUUCAAUCAGGCUGCAAAUGCAGGGAACACGCAUGCUAUGGCUUUCCUCGGCAAGAUGUACUCAGAAGGCAGCGAGUUUCUCCCUCAGAACAACGAGACGGCCCUGCAGUACUUCAAGAAGGCUUCAGACCUGGGUAAUCCAGUGGGACAGAGCGGCCUGGGCAUGGCCUACCUAUAUGGAAGAGGAGUCCCAGUGAACUAUGAGCUGGCACUGAAGUACUUCCAGAAGGCAGCAGAGCAGGGCUGGGUGGAUGGACAACUCCAACUGGGCACCAUGUAUUACAAUGGCAUUGGUGUGAAGCGCGACUACAAACAGGCACUUAAGUUCUUCAACCUGGCCUCACAGGCAGGACACAUCCUGGCUUUCUACAACUUGGCCCAGAUGCAUGCCACUGGUACUGGUGUGAUGCGCUCCUGCCACACUGCUGUGGAGCUUUUUAAAAACGUGUGUGAGCGUGGUCGCUGGUCGGAGCGUCUGAUGACGGCCUACGGCAGCUUUAAGGAGGGUGAGACAGAUGCUGCACUGGUCCAGUAUCUGCUUCUGGCUGAGCAGGGCUACGAGGUGGCCCAGAGCAAUGUAGCCUUCAUUCUGGACCAGAAAGGGGCAAAAAUCUUCAGUGAGAAUGAGACGUACCCUCGUGCUUUGCUCCACUGGACAAGAGCUGCAGCACAAGGUUACACUGUGGCAAGGAUAAAACUAGGGGACUACCACUUCUAUGGCUUUGGAACAGAUGUGGACUAUGAAACAGCUGUCAUCCACUACAGACUGGCAUCAGAGCAGCAGCACAGUGCCCAGGCCAUGUUUAACCUUGGUUACAUGCAUGAGAAAGGCCUGGGCAUCAAGCAGGAUGUCCAUCUAGCAAAGCGGUUCUACGACAUGGCUGCUGAAGCAAGUCCUGAUGCCCAGGUCCCUGUUUUCCUAGCCUUGUGCAAGCUGGGCCUGGUCUACACACUGCAGUACCUGCAGGAUUUUAAUUUGAAGGAGCUGACUUCUCAGGUGGACCUGGAUCAGCUUCUGGGCCCAGAGUGGGACCUCUACCUCAUGACUGUCAUUGCCUUACUACUAGGCACAGUCAUCGCCUACCGGCAACGCCAGCAUCAAAUCAUAGUGCCCCCUCGCCCUCCUGCCCCCGCCCCAGUGACCCCUCCCAGACAACCUCAGGAACAGCCACAAGCCCAGGCUGAGAUCCAGGGUCAGGGAGAGACACAAGACCAGGGCGCAGCCCAGGAGGAAGAGGAGCAGCAGCAGUGAAAGGAAGUCGGACAGAGUGAGGGCAGUAAAAGACAGACAGAGGCUCUGCCAGCCUGCUGCUUGGAGCAGCUGGUGCUCCUUAGCUGAAUACCUGCACCACUCAUACUUUGCCUGCUCUCCUCCGCUUGCUUAGAAAAAAAAAGACAGAUGUCUGCUGAACUGUUUGGUCUCACAACCGAAGUUAAAAUAUGCUGGUCCUCCCUGAGAGCAAGACAGUAGGAGUGUUUAUGGAGAGAGCUGCAGAACAGUUAUGAGGAUAACACAGACUUGGACUUGUUAGUCUGUCACUCAGGAUACCGCCAGAAGAGCUGUGUCCUCACCAUGGAAAUAGCCCCAUGUUGCCACAUAAUCAGCAAGUCAACACAAUUGGAAUCUGUCAUCUCUAUUACUUUCUUCUCACUUUCUCUUUUUGAGAAAAUUAAAUUGGUUUAACUGCUUCAGGCCUUCGACUGCUGCCCAAU